AUGGACAGUCACCGCAAUUACAAUAGCCACAGCAGACAAGCUUAUGGAUCAUCAAGAAGAUUCCCUCAACGCUAUGGAAUGGACAAUUCUUCUCAUAUGAUUCAUGAGUCACCAUCCAGAGAUCUAAUUCUCCCCAUAAUAAAAAUUAUUUUUUUCCAAAAAUUUUUUUUUAUUUACCCCAAUUAUUUUUUUUAUUGAAAUAAUUAUUUUAAUGCGAGGGGAGUAAAUAAUCAUUGGAAAAAUAGAGGAGAUUCUAACUAUAACCAACGCCAAAACUUUGAAGAUGCCCCUUAUAAGCGCAGAAAAGUUGACGGCUACGACAACCAGAGAGAUCAGCCUGCUAAUGAGAAAUCAUCAACUUUUAAUCGUGACAGAAAUCAGGGUAACUAUUCCAGAGCUUCAGAGCCUAGAGAUAACCAGUCUUUUCAAAGAGGAAGAUCUGCUCCGAGAUUAUUAUUAUUAAGAUGAUUAAAGUCAGGCGUUAGCCAUAUUGGUGACGCAGCCACCAAAGACCUCCCGUACGGCAGGUUCAACCGAUUUUCGACUCCAGCCCAGAGGUCUAUUCCUCUUAUGAGCGCCCUUCCGAUAUCUUCUGUCUCCUCCUUUCCUUGUGGCUUCGUUUGAGUAGACGGCUUAAGGAUUUCUGCGGCCCUGCUACGGGCGAUUGGAGUAGCAUGGUUCCAAGGAUCCUUGGAGUCUCUCAGGUGCCGAAGUGCCAUCCUUUGACGGCUACUAAAAAAGACAACUCCCCUGUGGGCCGAAAACCCCAGCUUUUCGGUAGAGGAAUGCCCAUGGGUCUUCGAUCAAAAGGGACGUUGUUCAGCACCUCCAUUUCCAACUACAUGAAAGCAGCCAUCUCUUGAGCCUGUACUUGAUUCUCAGCUCGGAGUCUGUCCCAGUUCGCCGUAGCCAUAAGGUCUGGACUUCUGCACCAAGGGGGCAGAUUGGCGCAUGUCGCCAUUUUAAUGCAUAUCUCUGCUCCGAGAGACGACAGAAACUUUGGCUCUAACAAUUUCAGAAAAUCAGAGCCAAGAGACAACAAUUUUAAAAACUCCAGUGACAAUUGGACUUCAAAUCGUUCUAAUGACUGAAACUCUGAUAAUGGUGACAGAAGACAAGCAAGAUCUCAGUCAGCCCAAAGAAGCUUCAGCCGUAACCGUAACUACAUCCAUGAGCCUAUAAGCAGCAAAUAUUUCAAAAACUUCCAAAACAAUAGAAAUGGGGGGAAAUUUUUUGAUAAAAAUAACGGAGACAACUACAUGAAAAAUGACGAUAAUAGAGGAAAUAACAGAAGCUACAACCAAAGAUCAAAUGGAUACCCAAAGAAAGGCCAAGACAGCCAAGGGCAAGAAAAUAAGAGAAAACUAAGAGUAGACUUCCCAGCAAUUUUCAGCUGCCAGUUUCCUUUUUUGAACUCUCCUGAAAGAGAAGAUAAAGACGUAAAAGGAUUUGACAAAGACACGCAUGAAGCGAUUUCUGAAGUUUCUCCUCAAGUCCAUGAAGAAGUUAUUCAAGCUUAA